UCCGCCGGGACCUCGUUGAAAGCCCAAUGGAGCCGGCGGCGGGCGGAGGCUGCAGCUCGGGGCCGCCGUUGCUGCUGAGCGAGGGCGAGCAGCAAUGCUACUCUGAGCUCUUUGCGCGCUGCACCAGCGCCACGAGUGGGGGCCCCGGGCCCGGACCCCCUGACGCCGCCAGGGUCGCCCCAAGCGCUGCCACCGCGGCUGCUGGCCCCGUGGCCGAUCUGUUCCGAGCGUCCCAGCUGCCCUCUGAGACGCUGCACCAGAUCACAGAACUGUGUGGUGCAAAGCGGGUUGGUUAUUUUGGUCCAACACAGUUUUACAUUGCUCUAAAAUUGAUUGCUGCAGCACAAUCUGGCCUCCCUGUGCGGAUAGAGAGUAUUAAAUCUGAAUUGCCUCUGCCUCGCUUUGUGACAUCAAAGAAUGAUGGUGAGAUACGAUUUGGGAAUCCAGCUGAGCUACAUGGAACUAAGGUUCAGAUUCCAUAUUUAACAAUGGAAAAAAAUUCCUUCAAAAGAAUGGACGAUGAGGAAAAACAGCAGGAAACACAGUCUCCCACGAUGUCACCCCUUGCCUCGCCUCCUUCUUCCCCGCCUCAUUACCAGAGGGUGUCCUUGAGCCAUGGCUACAGCAAACUGCGGAGCAGCACAGAACAGAUGCAUCCAGCUCCUUAUGAAGCUAGGCAGCCCAUUGGCCAGCCUGAGGGACCCUCAUCAGGGGGCCCAGGAGCCAAACCCCUUCGGCGUCAGGCUUCUCUUAUCCGGUCAUUUUCAGUGGAGAGAGAACUGCAGGAUAACAACAGUAAUUACCCAGAUGAACCCUGGAGGAUAACAGAAGAACAGCGGGAGUACUAUAUCAACCAGUUCCGAUCCCUUCAACCAGACCCCAGUUCCUUCAUUUCAGGGCCCGUGGCCAAGAACUUCUUCACCAAAUCGAAGCUUUCCAUUCCAGAACUCUCUUAUAUAUGGGAACUCAGUGAUGCUGACUGCGAUGGAGCCCUGACCUUGCCUGAGUUUUGUGCUGCAUUUCAUCUCAUUGUGGCUCGGAAGAACGGCUACCCACUGCCUGAGGGCCUGCCUCCAACUCUGCAGCCAGAGUACUUGCAAGCAGCUUUCCCUAAACCCAAGUGGGAGUGUGCAAUAUUUGAUUCUUAUUCUGAGUCAAUGCCAGCAAACCAACAACCUCGUGAUUUGAAUCGGAUGGAGAAGACAUGUGUUAAAGACAUGGCUGACUUUCCUGUCCCUGCCCAAGAUGUGACUGCUGAUGACAAACAAGCUUUGAAAAGUACUGUCAAUGAAGUCUUACCAAAGGACGGGUCAGAGGAUCCAGCAACUCCCAAGGAUUCCAACAGUCUCAAAGCAAGACCAAGAUCCAGAUCUUACUCUAGCACCUCCAUAGAAGAGGCCAUGAAAAGGGGCGAGGAUCCUCCCACCCCGCCACCGCGGCCACAGAAAACCCAUUCCAGAGCCUCCUCCUUGGAUCUGAAUAAAGUCUUCCAGCCCAGUGUGCCAGGAUUAUUGCCUCCACCACCAGCACUGCCCCCAAGACCUUGUCCAUCUCAGUCAGAACAAGCAUCUGAAGCCGACCUCCAUCCUCAGCUGAGUAGAGCCCCUUCCCAGGCUGCAGAAGGUAGUCCAGCCAAGAAGGAUGCACCACAUUCUCAGCCACCAUCCAAGCCUAUUCGUAGGAAAUUCAGGCCUGAGAAUCAGUCCACCGAAAACCAAGAGCCUUCUACUUCUGCUGUUGGUCCAGCUUCUGCAGCAGUGGUGAAACCUCAUCCAACAGUCCAAAAGCAGUCUUCCAAGCAAAAGAAGGCCAUUCAGACUGCUAUCCGAAAGAACAAAGAGGCUAAUGCAGUGCUGGCCAGGUUAAACAGUGAACUCCAGCAGCAGCUCAAGGAGGUUCAUCAGGAACGGAUUGCAUUGGAAAACCAACUGGAACAACUUCGUCCAGUCACCGUGUUGUGACCUCCCAAGCUUCAAGUGACAGUGUGUGACCUUGUCUGCCAAGCUAUUUCUUUAGAAUGUUUUAGUCCAACUACUUGUCAUAAAUGUUUGACUGUCAAAAUCUGUGAGCAGCACAAUAUAAUCUGUAUGAUCUCUCUUGCAGUUUACUUGUGUGUUUUACUGUGGUGGAAAAAAUUACUUCAACUGAUUAUUAUACUUAAAAUGCAAUUAGAUACUUAGGAAGCUGAAAUAGGAGGAUAGAAAGUUCAAGGCCAGCCUAAGCAACUUAGGCUGAGAUUUUUAUCUCAAAAUAAAAAGCAAAAAGAGGACUGGGGAGAUACUUCAGUGCUAGAACACUUACUUAGUAUGUGCAGUGUUUAAUCCCCAGUAUCAUACAAAUAUUGUACUUAUCAGCAGAGAUUAUUUCCCAUUCUUACCUACUUUCUCAAAGUAUUACAUGCUGCUUCUUACAAAAGCCAGUCUUCUGGCAAGUAAUUUAGAGCAUUAUUUAAAGAAUUUAUAAUUUUUAUAAAAUCUUAUAACCAAGUACCAUCAGAAUACAUCUUUUAUUUUUGUAUGUAUAUCACAUACAUUAGGUUGGUUCCCUGAAUAAUUGGGAUUCCGACUGGAUAGUCUUUGGCAUGAGAAUAAUAAAACAAAAGAGCUCAAAUAAAAUUAAAACAUUAAAUUUAGACUGGCGCUGUGCCCUCUACCACUGUAUGCCAAAAAAUGCUUCUCUAGUGCCAUUUUGAUACUAUAUCUAGCUAUAAAUAAUACAUGACUAUUGUUUUCUGUUGAAUGUCAAAGACUUAUUGGGUCUUUACACCUCUGUGAAGUGGAGAUUUUGGCAAUAAGCUAUUUAACUUGGCUGGUCUAGGCCAUUGACCCAGAUAACUCAGUCCUUUCAUGUAAAUUUGUAAAUUCUGGGGCAAGCACAAUUUAUUUUAACUGCCUUGCCAGAACAAAUUAAAUAAAUAGCUACCAGAUCUCAACUUCUGUCCUUCAUAGGAUAACAUCUGUAAAUGGAAAAGUUUAGAAACCACCUAUCAAAUAUGAAAUGCUGGAUUGACAAGUAUUUGUUGUUUGAACCCAGGUAUCCAGCCCGAGGAGGAAAAAGGAAAUGGUUACCAAUUUCCCAAUAAUCACUAGUGGUUAUUUUGUUUUCAUUAUUGUAGCCUGAACUGUGAAAGUAUUGGGUGUAAAGAAAUAAUGAAAGAAUGUGGUCCUCCCACUGGCUAUAUGACUGUUCUCCAUGAAGUGGACUCUUGUAUGCAGUUCAGGGGAGCUCAACUAGCUGGUGUGGGUGAGGUAACGUGUGAUCAAAUUGCAGAAGCUAGUGUCCUUUAGAAAUUUAGGUAGAAAGCAAAGUUGAAAGUGAUAAACGACCAACCCUGUACGUUCAUAGGGUUCCUGGUUCACGGACCCGUACAGGGCCUGCCAACUUCUGCAUUGCUCUGAGAGACUUAAGAGCAUGACACAGGGCUCCUGUGCAUUUUUCUAACUUAUCCAUUCUUUGGAUAGUGGAAUUAGGUGUGCCUAAGGCCCUUUUUGAAAUGGUUUUAGAUAGAUUUUUGAUAUGUACGAUUAAGCUGUUGAUUUCAAUAGAACUGAGAGAUUUUAGCAAAAGUAGGCAUUUAUUUAAUACUUCCUUGUUCCAUUGGCAAGCUUCAUCAGCAGCUGAAAGGCAGAAGAGAACAGCUCAAACAGAUGAUGUUUUUUUUCCAAAGAAAAACAAAGUUUUGAAUCUCUUCCAUGCAUAUUUAAGGAUUUUAAACUGAUUUGAUUUUGAAAGUCAUGAAACUUGAACUAUUUCUGCAUUUUCUCUUCUCCUUUGGCUGCCCUGUUUUUGUUCUUGUGGGGGAAAGUUGGGAGCAUGUUUAAACCCUUCCUGAGAUUAUGAAUAGGUCAAUGCAAAUGUCCAGGUAAACUUCUUAUUCCAUGUGCUGAGAUCUGGGGGCUGCAACACAUUUUAUCAGCAUUGUUUUUAUUGUGGAUGUUUCACAGCAUGUUUGGCUUUUGGUACAUCCAAUCCAGGAAAGGUUAACCUAUGCACUUUAUCUCAAAAUCAUCUAAUGCACUCACUCUGGAUAGCACUUCAUAGCCACCAACCAACCCUGUAGCCUAAGGAAUGUUAAUCUAUACUAUGCAUUUGAAAAACAUUGAUAUUCUUUCCCCUCCUACCCUGUCCCUCAUGGAUGGAGUCAAUGACAAAAACAACUAAAUCAGAUUUGAACUUUGCUUAGUUGGCUUGAUUUUCCUUAUAGGGAAAAAAAAAAAUACUUGCACUGGACAAUCAAAGCCCUCCGAGUUUCACAGUCUCACCAAUAUAUUUCUUGUGGUGCUGGGGAUUGAACCCAGAACCACAUGCAUGCUAGGCAAGUGCUGGGCCAUGCCUCCCGUGCUUCACCAGUAUUUUAGGAUAGGCAUUGCAUUAAAGCACACUUAAGUAAUAUCUAUUACCCAACAUUUUUACCUGGAUUUAAUUUUGAUCAGUUUAUUAGUUACUUAGAAAUAGGUUUUAUUGAAAAAAAGAUGGUCUGUAUGUACAGACACACAUACUACUACUGUUAUUAUCUAACUAGUACUCAUCCUCUUAUUUAUCUGUUUGCUUAGGAUGUGUGCUUUUAACUAAAGGAUUAUGAUGCCUAGUAAUGUUUCUUCUAAUAUGAUUUAUUAGUAAAAGCCUCUGAUAUGAUUUGGAGGUAGGCUAGCAUAUUGAAAUCACCUAAAACAUCUGCUCUACAAUUAGAUUUGCUUGUUUGGCAGAAUCCUACAGAGUGAAGGUCAAUGCUGACCCCACUUAUGGGCCCUUAAUUGCCUUGUUAAGUGAUCUUCCCCCAUAGGGAUCCUUCUUUCCCACACAUGAAAGUACAAUAGGAGCUGAUAGUGGGCUUAUUGGGGCUUUCAGCACAGGUAGCAUACUGCUUUUGGCCACCUUUCUAUUCCUAGUCCUGAAGUAAAAACCAAAUUAAUCACCCCCCACUGCAGAUAUUUUUCCUAGUUGGAAAGAUCUAACUGCUUUACAGAUAUUGGACAAUUACUUCAGUACUUGGAACUAAUUGGGAAAGGAGUCACCCUAGCUGGAAGUUGUAGCCAUAUGAAUAGGAUGUCAGAGCUGGGCAGGAAUGGUGCACAUCUCCUGAAGCCAGAAUGUAGGAAACUAAGACCCUAAGAAUCAGGAGUUUUGGGGUCAAGGAUCCAUAGAAAGAUACAGCUAUUGGUAGAGUAGGGAUACUAGCCUGAUUUUAUGGAUUCCAAGUUGAGUCCUCUAUCAAUACGAAACAUAGAAGAGAUUUUUCUAUUUAUUGUGUUGAAUUUUAUUGACUUAAUUGAUCUUUAAAUAUGAAGACCUAUUCUGAAGAGCUUUAGAUAGAGAUGUUUCUCUUAGAUUCAAAUGGAAAGUAAAGUCUGAAUGGAAAUAAUACCAUUGAACUCUUCUUUUAAUGCCUCACCUUUGAUGGUGCAAUAAGUUACUCUGAAUUUCUUGGCAGAACUUUUGACAGCUAUUACUUUGAAUAGAUUCCAUUCCCAUAGUCCUUAUGGGACUUGGUUUUUAAAAUAGACUACUAGCAUUUAAAUGAAAUCAAUAUGUAGCAAGUUACAGUUUUUUUUUCGAAUAUGUCUUUGGUUGCUUGAGUCCCAAAUGUUCAAUUUUAGCACAUUUUAGAGUAAGUAAUCAAAAACAUAAACUUUGACUUUAUUCCAACAUCUGAACUAUCUUAAACUACUUUUAGAUGUGAUUUGAUUCUAUAUCUGUAUCUAAAUAUUUGUCAGUGUCUUCAGUGAUAACAAUAGGUAUAUAAUUAGAUCAAUAAGAUAAUAUCUGGAAUUGAUAUGUUUGUGUUUCUUGCAGUUAAGGCAAACAUUUGCAAAUAUCUUCAUCUUAGCAGUAGUUGAAAAGAGCUGAAUUACAGUAUCAACACCUUAGAGCUAAAAGCAUUUGCUCAACAAACUACAAUCCAACCUCUGACUAUAUUUUUAUCAAGGAAAUGUGAUUUUUAAAAUCUAAAAACAAAAAUUUAACAUCUCAUGGCAACCAGAUCCUCCCAUGUUUCCAAUAAGUAGGCUCAUUAGGUUGUGGUUUGAAGAUUGUGGGUGUGAACACAGUGAAAUAGUAGUUACGGAAGUCUCUUUCUCUCUCUAGUUAAACAGAACACUAGUAACUGGUGUCUCUUUCCAACUGGUUUGCUGUUUCAAGUGUGUUUUUUAAAGGUCUGACUUCAAAGGAUAAGUUGAAUUUAUAUUCUAGUUAUGAGUGUUAUGAUCUUUUAUAUCAUAAUUCAGUGUGGUUCAAGUUCCUAGUAAGAAGUGCAGGGUUGGGUUUGUAGAGUCCUCAGCCCACAUAGCUUGCUUUUCUUUCAGCAAAGGCUAAUGGAGACUGUUCACCAACACCAACAUAUUGGUCAGUUGUGGUAAUUUGAGUGGAUAUUACUGUAGGCCACCCCACUCUGCUUUUUUGUGGAGAAAAAUGCAUCUAAUUAUGUGAGCCUCCCAAGAACAGCAGACAAGGAGGGCCAGACUAAAAGCAAUGCAUUCUAAGAGUAGCUGCCCACUCCAAACAGGCUUUCAGAGGGUAUCUUGUGAAUCCUUGAAGCAGCCAUUAUGUUAGUGUGAGCAAGAAAGCCUGGAAACAGUUACUUCUAGGACUUUAGAAUUAUUACUAAACCCAUAUGAUGGUAAAGAAACCUUUAUGAGGAAGGGUUUUAGGUGAUAGCUGAUAGUACUUGUUCUGCUUACAGAAGCCUUGCUUGACUGUCAAGAAUUAGAGAAUGUUCAUUUUUCAUGUCCAUGGAAGGUGUGGGAAAGUACAUUUAUGAUUCUGAAGACCAGAGGAUAGCAGGCUUUUAGGGGGCUUAAACUGGAAUUUGAGGGCUGUAGUGAGGAAACCCUGAGGCACUAGGUUCAUCGCACCCUGUAGGAGAAUUGACUCUCAAGCAACUUCAGUGAGCUCUGGCAUGGGACUGAACACAACCCCGCUGUAUACAGCUUAGAUCAACUAUAGUGUACUGCUUUUGUUUUAAGUCUAGUUGUGUGAUAGCUUCAAUUCAACCAUCUCUGGAGCUACAAUACCCUCUUUUUAGCACUGCCAUUCAUUUUGUCUUUAGCACAAAUAAGAUUUUAAGUGAGCCAGAAGCAAAAGAGCCAUUUUAGUCUUCAUAGCUAUUGGCUAAGAGAGAUAAUGAACUGACUGUCUAUUUUAACCUUGAAAGUAAAAAUGUAUAUUAUAUUUUUUCACUACAGGUACAUGCAACAGUAAAAAUAAAUGUAACCACAAAGUAUAUAUUUGAUGCUUUCUGUCUUUUCAUGAUAAUAUGCUACAAGUUGUGUGAAUAUUUUACUCAGCUAGAGUCUCAUUCAUUUGCUAAACAUUGGGAACAUUCUGUGUGUAUUUACCUGAAGCAUAAAUAAAUCCUUGAGAGUGUCCUAUAUUUGGAUUGUGAUUUGUAGACUCAAGCUAACUUUACUGCCUCUUUUUCACACUUGUUGAAAAAUCUGUGAAGAACAUGUUAAGUUAAGGCUAUCCAUCUUGGAAAAUGUACAUGUUGUGAAACUGGGGUGCUAUGUUAAAAAUAAAUGUAUAACUAUUAAGUGGC